AAAAUGUAAAGAUAAUGUAGCCUUCACAAAAGAACAGUAUUAAAACCCAGUUGAUCGAAUGACGCCUCGAUCAUUUAAGUAGAAAAAAGGUUGAUUUUAGUCAAACGCGGAAGUAAAAUGUACAAGUGAUUGUGUGUCGGACUUAACCUUCAUGAAAAGUGACUUCUGAUUUUACUUAUCAAUCGUAAAUAAACAACUCAAUGUCGACAUGGGAUGUUUUCAAUCCAAACCAAAGAAGACAGAAAACUUCACGGAUAUAGAGAGAGAUGGGGAGGCGAAGACGAAUGGAGUUGAUAACCCUGCUGCUCCAGAACCAGAACCGGCUCCACAAGCUACAGAAAAGGGCACACUCAGAGCUUUAUAUGAUUAUGAAGCCAGAGCAGAGGAGGAUUUACCCUUCAAAAAAGGCGACAUACUGAUUUUAUUGGACGAUAGUAAUCCUGACUGGUGGUAUGCACGAAGAUCGCAGAGUGGGUCAGGUAGAAAUGACGGAUAUGUUCCGUCUAAUUAUGUUGCCAGAGAAGACACAUUAGAAACCUACGAAUGGUAUAUAGGAAAGAUUUCCAGAAAGGAAUCAGAAAGAAUAUUACUGAGUACGGAAAACGGACUAGGGUCUUAUCUCAUCCGAGAGAGCGAAACUGCACCAGGAAAUUUUGUUUUAUGUGUCCGUAGUUUUCAGGAAGGCAAGGGUGAUGUGGUUAAACAUUACAAAAUCAAACCAUUAGAUGACAAUAAAGGGUUCUUCAUAACUCCACGGAGGACACUGCCGAAUCUACAGGAGUUAAUCAAACACUAUUCUGAAAGUGCUGAUGGGUUAGGACAAAAACUUGUAAAACCUUGCACUAAGUCAAAACCAGUCAUAGAUCUGAGCAAAGAUGCCUGGGAAAUUGACCGCGAAUCUCUACAACUGUCUAAGAGGUUAGGGGCUGGUCAGUUUGGGGAAGUAUGGAAAGGAAUAUGGAAUAAGACGACGGAUGUGGCGGUGAAAACCCUAAAGCCAGGCACUAUGUCUAUUGAUGCCUUCCUUUUGGAAGCCAAUAUCAUGAAAAAAUGCAAACACGACAAAUUAGUGCGACUUUAUGCCGUGUGUACUGAUAAGGAACCAAUUUACAUCGUUACUGAGCUGAUGUCCAAAGGCAGCUUACUUGAUUACUUGCGUGGUGAUGAAGGAGACUCAUUAAAAUUCACACAACUAGUGGACAUUGCCGCACAAGUUGCCAGUGGAAUGGCCUACCUGGAAGAAAACCAUUUCCUGCACAGAGAUUUGGCAGCACGAAAUGUAUUAGUUGGCGACAAUAACCUGGCAAAGGUGGCAGAUUUUGGUUUGGCCAGAUUGAUUGAGGAUGAUGAAUACACACCUAAGUCAGGUGCUAAAUUCCCAAUAAAAUGGACGGCACCAGAAGCCGCUCUGUACGGUCGAUACACGAUUAAAUCUGACGUCUGGUCCUACGGUAUCCUUCUGGUUGAAAUCGUCACGCGAGGACAAACACCAUACCCAGGAAUGAUGAACAAAGAAGUUUUAGAGCAAGUAGACCGUGGAUACAGAAUGCCUAAUCCUCCCCAUUGCCCGGAGUCUAUGUACGAGAUGAUGUUAAAGUGUUGGGACAAAAAAGCCGCAAAUAGACCGACAUUUGAGUACCUUGCUGGAUUUUUCGAUGACUACUUCAUUUCUACCGAGCCUAAUUAUAAAGACGCCGAUGAUUAUUAACCGUGUUUAAUUCAUAAUAUUAAAGAUCUAUGUAGGGACUUCUUUAAUAAUACAAAAUAAUUGUUUUCGUUCAGAAAACGACUUGCCUUGUGGUUGUUCAGAAAAUAUGCAUCAGAGAGAGAGAGAGAGAGAGGUUGAGAGAGAGAGAGAGUACAUUAAAGCUAUGUUUAUCUAAAUGAAAUUGAUUGAGUAUUAAUGCCAAUAUUUAUAACUUUAAUUGAUAAUUAAACAUUUUUUUCUCUCAAACUAGUGAACUACGCAUUAUAAAGUUUUGAAAGUUGUUUAACCGCUGGAAUAGAUCAUGCUUCACAGCGAUUGUAGCAAUUUCUGUACAUAUUCCAUUUGUAUUUAAUAGCUUUAGAUUAUAUAUUAUUGUUAAUUAGUUAAAAAAAAUAUUGUAAAUAUUGAAAAUUUUUGUGGAUACAGAAUUUGUAAUAUUCAUUUUUUAUUGAAUAAAUGAAUUGGUGAUAACUUUUCGACUGAUA